AGUUGUAUGAAAUUCGAGCUGCGAAAAUAGUUUUAUUAUCUAGAUUAAAAGCCUAGACGCGAUAAAAAAGUGGAGUGUAUUGUUUAGGGAAAUAUUCAGAAGUAGUUAGAGUGUAAUACAGAAUAGGGGAGUGGAUUUACUGUGAGAAAAUUUGAUAAAAUAAGAGUGACGCGUAAAUUUGAGGUUAGGUGCAACUCAUCUAAUAUAUAGGUGUUCAAUUCGACGUGAUAAUUCCAAUGUGAGUGAAAAUAAUGUACUACAGAUGGCAUCACUAUGUCAAGUAAGCGAUAUGGAACAGCUGUCAAAUGAAAACAAUAACAGAAAAUAAUAAACAAAUUGUGGAGACUCCAAAGAGAAAAGUGGGAAGGCCAAAAAAAGAGGAAAAGGAAAAGGAAAAAAAUAAGAAAAGUGCGCAAAGAAUGUUAAAAUUUCUGGGGGGAAAUUCAGAUGAUUCAAAUGGGAAGAAUUUAGGAGCUGAAGGUCAAAAGAAAACUAAUAAAGUGACACACUCGCCACUAAAAGAAAGAAAUAAUAAUGGUGAUAUUAAAGGGGCUGAGAAGAUUCAGGAUAAUGUGCCGUUACUAAAAAACACGGAGAAGAAGGAGGGAAAUGAGAAAAUAGAAAAAACAACUCUAGACAGAAAGAUUGAGGAAACAACAGGAACACAAAUGACGGACGAUACAGAAAAAAUCGAAAAAGUGAUUCAACAAAAAGAGUGUAGAUGUGAAGAAAAAUUUAGGAAAAUAAUUGACGAGUUAUGGGUAAACAAAAUGCAACCGAAACUAAUUGAAAUGAGUGACAACAUUAAAAAUCUACAGGUCGCAAAAGACAACGAAGAAGAAAGAGAAUUACGAAAUGUAGCAGCACUCACGGCAGCAUCCAGAGCGAGAGAAAGAGAAAUUGGUUGUGCGAUUGAGUUAAAACAACUUACAGAAAAAAUCUCUGAUCUAGAAAAGAAAAUACAAGAUUCAAAAAGGGGACGUGAAGAAUUUAAUUUAGAUCACUACAACAAAAAUCGGGAACUACAGGAUAAAAAUAGGUCGCUGGAUAGACUGGACGAACAGAACGAAGAAAUUAGUAGCAUCCAUACUCAAGAGGAAAACGGAAGAAUAGAUGACCAAUCAAUGACCAGACAACCGGAACUGUUAACUAAAAACGAAAUUAAAUGGGAAAUGGAUGAAAGGCAAAAAAGGAAAAACUCAAUAGUAGUGAGAGGUUUCAGAUCAAGAGGAAAAGAUCUCAGAAGAGAAAUUGUGGAAACGCUUCAUGAAUACACGGGAGUGAAAAUUGAGAUACGAAAUAUGACACAAAUAGCAGGAGGGGCACUGAUCAAAUUAGAUUCGUGGUUUACAAAAAGAAAGCUAAUGCAAAACAAAUUUAAACUGAGAGGCACGGCGAUCAGAAUUGAAGAUGACAUUACAAACAGAGAAAAAGAAGUGCAAUCCUGGAUCGAAGAGCAAGUAAAAAAUGGCAAUGACAGAGGAGAGCAAGCUAGCCUAAAAUAUAUGAGAUGGAUCAUUGGGGAAAAAGAAUUUGUGUGGAAUGAAGAAAACGGCCCAAAGGAGUUGCAAUUUUUUCGAAGGAUGUGA